ACUUUCCCCGACCGGCCGUCCGACCGACCGACCCGCAGCAUGUACGCGAGCUGGGUCGUUGGCAUCGUCCUGUCGCUCGCGGCGAGUCUCUUUGGCACCGUGGGCAAGGUGCUCAUGAAGCUCGCGCACAUCCACGACGGCAGCUUCCUCCUCCUCGGCUCGGCGACGUUCUGCGUCCUCGUGCUCAACCCGGUCUUUGAUGCAUGGAGCUUUGCGUUCGCCGCGCAGUCGGUGCUUGCGCCAAUGGCCGGCUUCAGCGUCGUGUGGAACAUUGUCUUGGCGCCGUACAUCCUCAAGGAAACGCUGUCGCCGCAGGUGCUGCACGGGUCGCUCCUCAUCAUCAUCGGGUGCGCGAUCGUCGGCCUCUCGGGCAGCCACAUUUCGCCGACGCACACGCCGGAAGAACUCUUCUCGCUCUUUAGCGAGCUGGCGUUCAUCGUCUACACCAUCAUCUCGAUCGUGCUCAUGAUCAUGCUGGCCUACGUCAUCCAAACGUAUCCGGCGCACAGCUCGUGGCGCCGCUUUGCAUUUGGCGCGCUCUCGGGCCUCAUUGGCGGCAACCUCUUCUUCACCAAGACGGCGGUCGAACUCAUUGGGAAGGGCAGCGAGAUCUGGGCGUGUACCGAGACGUACUUCAUCGUGGUGUUUGCACUGGGCUGCCCUGCGCUUGGCAUCUACGUUCUGAACCUGGGCCUGAAGGAGUACGACGCGUUGCACAUCGUAGCUAUCUACGAGUCAUUCCUGAUCCUCUGCGGUUCAAUCUCGGGCGUCAUCUUCUUCCACGAAGACGAAGGCAUGCAAGAGUGGUGGCAGCAGAUCCUGUACCCGAUCAGCAUCGUCACCACGAUCGCAGGUGUCGUGGUUCUCUCCAAGCAGUCGAGCCCGGACAGCCCGAUUGGCGAGAAGGCGCCUCUCAUGCACAGCGCCAAGCCCGUGAAGCUUGUCGUUCAGUCCGUCUAGAUAGUACAGCAUAGUCCGUACAGAUAAGCACACCAAACGAACCAUUCCAUCUUUCACGCUG